UCCCCGCUCCGUGGCCACGCCCCUCGGGCCGUCAUUCUGGCGGCGGGUCGGGCAGGGAGCGGUAACGCAGGGAGCGGUAACGCGGGGGCUCCCGCAGCAACCGGGCCGGGAUGGAAGCACCUCCGGCUCCUCCUACCGUUCCCCCGGCUCCUUGCAGCGUUGCCCGUAGCCUCCAGGAUGAAUUAACGUGCCCGGUAUGCUUGGAAUACUUCAACGACCCCGUGUUGGUGGCCGAGUGCGGGCAUAACUUCUGCCGCGCCUGCGUAACCCAAUGCUGGGAGGACUCGGGCUCGUCGCCUUUGCUGCCCUCAGUGCGGGAACCGGUACCACGGCUCUUCCGCCCUAACCGCUCUCUGGGGAACAUCGUCCACAUCGUUCGGCAGUUGGGAUUACCCCCCGGUCCUGCUGAUCCACCGCCGGGACCUCCAGCUCCCGCUCCGCCUUUACCCGCCGCUUCUCCACCGGCUCCGGGGCCUCCGCGUUGUCCACGUCACGGGGAACCUUUGAGGCUUUACUGCGUUCAGGAUCGCCGUGCUGUCUGCGUCGUUUGUCACCUUUCCCGGGAACACCGGAACCACACCGUGCUGCCCGCCGAGGAGGCUGCCCACGCCGCAGAGGAGGUUCCUCAGGAACACCUGAGCUCCCUGAGGAAAAGCCGGGAAGAAGCCAAAGCGGAGAAGGAGCGGCAGAGCCAGGAGCUGCUGAAACAAACAGAAGUGGAAAGGCAGAAAAUCGUGGCUGAGUGCAAGGAACUCCGGGGAUUCCUGGAAGAGAAGGAGCAGCUCCUGCUCUCCCGUCUGGAAGAGCUGGACCGGGACAUCCUCAGGAGGAGGGAUGAGAGUGUUUCCCACCUCAGCGAGGAGAUCGCCCACCUGGACAAGCUGCUGAGUCAGCAGGGAGGAGAAAAAGGGACAGGGAACCAAAGCUGGGCAGUUUUUGAGAGCUGGAUGUUCUGCAAGCCUGAGGUUGGCUUCACAGAACUGGAGAAGAAACAGAGCUUCUCUCAGAAGAGUGCAGUGCUGAAAGAAGUUCUGCUGGAGUUCAAGGAGAACCUCCGGUUUGAGCUGGAGAACGACACAGGUGAUCUCUCCUUGGAUCCCGACACCGCCAACCCUUACCUGGUGCUGUCAGAAGACAAAAGGAGCGUCCGCCUCCGGAGCGCUCCCCAGGAGCUGCCUCCAAACCCCAAGAGAUUUGAUUUUUCCUUCUGUGUCUUGGCGGCCGAGGGUUUCCUGGCCGGGCGCCAUUACUGGGAGGUGGAGGUGGGGGAUGGGGAGAGUUGGGUGCUGGGCGCCGCCCGCGAGUCGGUGCGCAGGAAGGAGAAAAUCGAUUUCGCCCCCGAGGAGGGGAUCUGGGCGGUGGGGUUGAACUGGAAAGGGAAAAACUGGGAUCAGUAUCAGGCGUUCACCUCCCCCGAGACCCCUCUGUCCCUCUGCGAGAGGCCCAGGAAGAUCGGGGUCUACCUGGACUACGAGGGGGGUUGGGUGGCCUUCUACAACGCCGACAACAUGGCGCCCAUCUUCACCUUCACCGCCGCCUUCACCGAGAAGAUUUUCCCCUUCUUUUGGCUCUUCUACGUGGGCUCCUCCCUCUCCCUCUGCAACUGACACCCCCAACAUGGCCCCCAACUUCUCCCCCUCCCCACAAAGGUCACCCCCACCCCUCGCUUUGAGGGCCCCGAAGUCUCCACCGGCAAGGUUGAAGACCCCAAAACUCUUCAGUUUUCUCUUUUUCAGAUUUUUCUUCUUGAAUUGGAGGCUUUGACCCUCAAAACUUUGGGGUUUCCACCAACCUCAAUAAUUCCCUCCCCAGUUUUUCUCCACCUUCUUUCAGAGGACCCCAAACUCCCCCAUUUUCACCUUGAAGGCCCCAAAACUCCUCAGUUUUCUCUUUUUCAGAUUUUUCUGCUCAAAUUGGAGAAUUUUGCCCUCAAAUCUUUCCUCUGGGGUCUCCACCAACCUCAGUAAUUCCUCCACCUUCUUUCAGAGGACCCCAAACUCCCCCUUUUUCACCUUGAAAGUUGAAGGCCCCAAAACUCUUCAGUUUUCUCUUUUUCAGAUUUUUCUGGAAGACCCCAAAACUCCUCAGUUUUCUCUUUUUCAGAUUUUUAUCCUCAAAUUGGAGAAUUUUCCCCUCAAAUCUUUCCUCUGGGGUCUCCACCAACCUCAGUAAUUCCUCC